CACACUUCCUGAGCUUGCACUCUGAGGGGUGUGUGUUUCAUUCAUUCAUCCAUAUUGCCUCUUUUUAUUUUUACCAAGACACUUUCAUCUCAAGACUGCUGGAGUUUAAUCGGUUGAGAGUUCGGUGCAGGAUUUUCACAGGACGUUCGUGUGUAUUCGUCCAGGAGAGCUGUGUGUGUGUGUGUGUGUGUGUGUGUGUGUGUGUGUGUGUGUGUGUGUGCAGCUCAGUGGGACUGUAAACCUGGAUGACAGUGGUAUCCGUGUAUACGAAGUGAGUUGGUAAUCCUGGAAUGGAGCCAGUUGGAUGAGAACAUGUGGCUUUACAUGCAGGAACAGGACUGACUUUCACUGUGUGUAAAAUAUAAGGACGGGAAAGUCGCGGCUGAAUAAAGCGAAGCUGAGCGUCAUCUCGGAAGAUCAGGCCUGCUGGAGGAAAGAUAAGAUAGCGAAGAGACUCGAGAGGAGCGACCCAUAGAGGAGAAAAAAGAGAAAAAGAGAGUGGGAGAGAGUGAGAGAUGAUGGAUCAUUUGUAUUUGUGGAUCUUGCUCCUGUCUCUUUCUCUCUCCUAUCAGAAUGUGUCUGCACAAGCUGAAGAGUGUCGCACGGCCUUGCCUGCGGACAUCGUGUUCUUGGUGGACGAGUCGUGGUCGGUGGGUCCUUCCAGCUUCGGCCAGAUUAAAGAGUUCAUUGCUGAAAUUAUCCGAUCCUUCCAGAGCAGCGUGAUCGGAGCAGAAGGUGUUCGUUUUGGAGUCACUUUAUAUGCAGAUAUUCCGAGGAUGCGUGUGGCUCUGACGGACUACUCCACCGUGGAGGAGAUAUUAAACGCGGUGGAGGAGCUGCCGUACGAGGGAGGAGGGAGUCGCACAGGCGUGGCCCUCGAGUUCCUAGUGGAGUCUGUCUUCAGUCAGUCAAUUAUCCGGGAAAACACUCCAAAGAUCGCGGUGCUCAUUACUAACGGCAGAUCGGAUGAUGUGAUCAGUGGACCGGUUAAAGCAAUAGAGGAGAGCGGCAUCUCUCUUUUCGCAGUAGGUGUGAGGAAUGCUGAUCCAGAAGAGCUGAAGAGGAUAGUGAGCGAGCCUCACGAGGAGCACCUAAUGCUUAGCCCUGAUUCGUCCUUUCUAGAAAGUCUGCUGCCCAAAAUCUCACGUCGCGUGUGUUUCACUGCCUCCGAACCUCCUCGACCUGUUAAACACACACGUCCGGUGACAGAGAAGGUGGUCGGCCCCAGGGACCUGCAGGUCAGUGAGUUGAGCUACAACUCUCUACAGCUCUCCUGGAGUCAGGCCACCGGAGACGUGACAGGUUACAGGCUGCUGAUCGCUCCUGUUUCUCCAAAAGGCCAUCUGCUCCCUGUAAAACCUCGACAAAUUGAUUUAAAGGGAGAUGUGGGAAACACUAAAGUGACCGGGUUGACCCCGAAGACCGAGUACUCUCUCACUGUCUACGCCAUCUACCCCGGCCUCAUCGGAGAAUCGACCAGUGUAAUCACAGAGACGACUCCUGUACCUUCGGUCGCAAACUUCCGUGUGAUCGAAGAAGGGCUGUUCUCUUUACGCUUGGCUUGGACGUCUCCUCUCGGCCACGUGGACAUGUACAAAAUCUUCAUCCCGAGAUCCGACAGACCCGGGACGAUCUAUGAGCAGACGCUGCAGGGCGAUGCCUCCUCUCAUGUGAUUGACAGCUUGGAGGAGGAUAAAAUAUACACAGUUAGCAUCUACUCCAUAUACCCUGAGGGACCCAGUGAGCCUGUGUCUGUCAUUGGGAGAACAUUGAAGCUGGUCCCUGUGCAGCAGCUGUUGGUGGAAAACGCCACUACAGACACUGUGCAGGCUCGCUGGCUCUCGGUGAGAGGAGCCUCAGGUUACAGACUCACCUGGGCAUCUUCAGAGGGCCACAUUGAGAGCGUCAACCUUGCAGGAAACUAUAAGUUCUACAUGGUGCAGGGUCUUCACGCUGGAACGGAGUACACUAUCAGCAUCAACCCUGUGUUUGUGGAUAUAGAAGGACCGUUGACGUCCACCAAAGCCAAGACAUUGGAGAGCAGUGCUGUACAGACUCUGAGGGCCACGGCGGUGAGCACAAGCAGCGCUUUGAUUUCAUGGAACGAUGUUUCAGGAGCCACAGGCUACAGGUUGGCCUGGGGUCCUACUGCAGAAUUUACUGGACGAGAUCGACCCAGGCAGCUGGCUCUGAACAAAAGCAUUACAGAGUAUUUACUGAAAAAUCUUGUCCAUGACACCGAGUAUGUGGUUUCCCUUUAUGUCCUGUUCGGCUCCGUGGUGGGACCCGGAAUCACCGCGACGUUCAGAACGUCUCCCCUCGGCUAUGUGUCUAAUUUCAAGGUGAUAUCUUACACCAGUUCCUCUAUAAAUGUGGAGUGGAGCGCUAUUGUAGGAGCCACCGAGUAUAAACUGACCUGGAGAUCAGAAGGAGUAAAUCCACAAAGCCGAUAUGUGGACCACAGUGUUUUACAGCACAGCAUCACCGGCCUCCAUCAAACAUUGUACACCAUCAGCAUCCAUGCCCUGUACGGAAACAUGGAGGGGCCAGAAAUCUCUCUCACACAGCUUACAGCUUCUUCGAUUGAUUCAGAGCAGAUUGAGACAGUAAAGGAAUUGAAGGUGGUUGAUAUCGGAGUGAACUCUUUCAGCAUUUCCUGGAGGAACACACCCGGAGUUACUGGCUACAAAAUCAGCUGGACACCAUUUAACGGUGGAGAAAAGAAGAGUGCAACAGUUUCAUCAUCCAUUACAUCAUACACCAUCACUGGACUGCCAGCCAGCUCUGCUUACAAGAUCCAGGUCUCAUCAUUAGUAAGGGAUCGCGAAGGAAGUUCUGCAACAGUCACGGCACGGACUUUGGACCUUCCUAAAGUGAACGGGUUCAGUGCUCUGAACAUCACUGACGAUAGCACUGCACUCAACUGGACCAGAGUUGCAGGAGUUUCAGGGUAUCUCCUGUCCUGGAGACACAUAUCAGAGCUUGAGAGUACUACUGAAAUACUGGGCCCUGGAUUCUCCUCAUUGAAGAUAAAAAACCUGCAGUACGGAAGAACCUACAUCUUCACCAUUCGGCCCCUUUAUGGAGAGGUAGAGGGUCCUGUCACAACCAUUACCAAACGCAUUGUGGGUGCCUCCCGUCUCGUUCCUGUCCAACCCCCCACAUCGGCCCCUGUUCUAUCCAACAAAGACUUCAGCAUCAACACUACAGCCAUCAAUAACACCAUAAAGACCACCGCUACUCAGAGACCCGCUGCCAACCCAAAUCCGAUCGUCACAAAAACGUCGCAAUCUAUAACCAUGCUCACCACAGCAGCUCGAGAACAAACCACUCUCUCUGCUCGCACCCCUCCAUCUGGACCGGUGUGUGGCAGGGUGAAAGCAGACAUCGUGUUUCUGGUCGAUGAGUCCUGGAGCAUUGGUUCUAAUAACUUUGGCAAGCUGAAGGACUUCCUGUUUAGGAUAGUGACAUAUUUCCCUGUAAUUGGGCCACAAGGUGCACAGAUAGCUGUGGUUCACUACAGUGAUCAGCCCAGGAUCGAGUUCAGCCUGAACACUUAUAGAGAUCGCACCUCCGUGCUCCGAGCACUUCGGCAGGUUCACUACGGGGGAGGAAACACUAAAACAGGUCGAGGGAUCGGUUACGUUCUGAGGGAAACGUUCCGGGAGUCUCUGGGGAUGAGGCAAAACGUUCCCCACGUGCUGAUCCUGGUGACGGAUGGGAAAGCCCAGGAUGAUGUGGAACCACCCUCCAGAGUAGCACAUGUUCUAGGUGUGAGUAUUCUGGCCAUUGGAAUCGCAAAUGCCGACAUCGAGGAACUGAAAAAAAUAGCUUCGCCCACCACCUACAAGAACGUCUUCUUCGCUGCUGACUUCGAUGAUCUCCCUUCCAUUGAGAGAGAGCUGAUCAGCAGCAUCUGCAGCGAAGCUCUGAUGUCUGAAUUUCAGCACCAGGAGCCCGCUCAACUGGACAUACCAACAAGUGAUCCGGUAUCUAUUUCAAAACCUGAGGGUCCCUGUCCAAUCCAGUGCAAGGGACAAAAAGGAGAGAAGGGGGAUGGAUCUGGACACGGCGGUCUGCGCCCCAAGGUAGACGGUGUCGAUUACGAUCCGUUCACUUUAAAGAUGAAAGGGGAGAAAGGAGAGAGGGGUCUUCCUGGGAUGGAUGGCAUACCCGGAGUACCAGGACGACCAGGUCGAACCGGACCUCCUGGUUCGGCUGGACUAAGGGGCCCUUCUGGUGUUCCUGGGGAGAUGGGACCACCUGGUGUUACAGGACCGAAAGGUCAGCGAGGGGAGAGAGGAGAACCUGGGUAUGUAAUGGGAAGCAUGGAUGUCACCCCGGGACGUAAAGGAGAACCGGGAUCAUCCGGUCCUCAGGGGCCUCCAGGUGUACCAGGGGUCUCAGGACCUCCAGGAGUCCCAGGGCAGCCUGGACCACCAGGAAUUCCUGGUAUUUCUAUAAAGGGUGAGACUGGAGAGCCUGGUCUUAAAGGUCCACGUGGGAAGCCGGGAGCCAAAGGAGAAAAGGGGGAAGCUGGAGAAACUGGUCAAGCAGGGUUACCUGGAGUAAUAGGAGUGGAUGGAAAUCCUGGACUUCCUGGACUGAAAGGUGAAAGAGGAGAAGAUGGAGUCGGAAUCCCUGGUGUUCAAGGUGUACAGGGUUCUCCAGGAGAAAAGGGAAAUAUGGGGAACCCAGGGCCGGUUGGACCAAAGGGUGAGCAAGGAAUUCAAGGAGUGACAGGACCGAGUGGCUUCAGGGGAAAAAGAGGUUUAAAAGGGGAGCGAGGAGACAAGGGUGAUCGUGGAGAAGUAGGACCAUUGGGACCUCAGGGAUUAUCAGGUCUACCUGGAGCUGUUGGACCAAAGGGUGAAGAGGGACAGCGAGGAGCCCCAGGAGACCCGGCUAAAGGCAUAUUCGGACCUCCUGGGAAGAAAGGCGUAAGGGGGGAUGUCGGUGCAAUCGGACCUCCUGGGCUUCAGGGAAUUAAAGGUGACCAAGGAGACAAGGGUGAAAAGGGCAGUCCUGGCUUCGGGAUUCCUGGACAGCCAGGUCCCAAGGGUGAGAGCGGUGAAAGGGGUAAUGUUGGAUUAUCAGGGAAACCUGGGCCAAAGGGCAAUGACGGCAUUAAAGGGGAAAAGGGUAACAUGGGUUUCUCAGGAAACCCAGGACCUCCUGGACUAAGAGGUAAAGAUGGUUUGCCCGGCUCAAAAGGAAACCUUGGACUUCCGGGAGAGCCUGGUUCUCCAGGGCAGACAGGAGAGAAAGGAAUCAGGGGCCCACUUGGUUUCCCUGGACAACCUGGAAGCCCUGGUGAGAAAGGGGACUCUGGGAAAAGUGGGCUUCUGGGACCUGAAGGUCCAAAAGGAGAGAAAGGAGAACAAGGGAAACCUGGUCCACCUGGAAAUUAUCAUUUUUCCAUGUCGGACAACAUCAAGACCAUCAAGGGUGAGCCAGGUGACCCAGGCGAGCGUGGGCUUCCAGGUCUGCGAGGAGAUUCAGGACCACCAGGGCCACCAGGUCUGCCAGGAAAAUCUGGACCUUCAGGAUUUCUGGACUUUGCAGGUGUAUCUGACAGAGAUGGACUGGGUGGUUUUAAAGAAGCACAUGGUCCAAAGGGCGAAGCUGGGAAGAAAGGUGACCCUGGAACUAGAGGAGAGAAAGGAGAACCUGGGCGUGUUGGAGUUUCUGGCAUGCCUGGCUUACCUGGUGUUCCUGGUAAACCUGGUGUAGAUGGCAAGCGUGGACUAGCAGGAAAAGAUGGACAACCGGGACUCCGGGGCAGUGACGGGAAAAAGGGAGAGAAAGGAGAACCUGGUGUUGAUGGUAAAGACGGGACAAAGGGAGAUGUUGGUCCUCCAGGUUCACCCGGCCCUUCUGUUGUAGUGCCUGAGGGUGCUUCAAUUGAUGAUCUUCAAAAGGCAUUUACGCUACCAAUGGGUCCUCCUGGAGCGACGGGCUCUCCAGGCAUGAAGGGAGAAAAAGGAGAUUCAGGGGAGAAGGGGGACAUCGGAUUGCCAGGGGGACGAGUUGAAAUGAAGGACAUUGAGGCGUUAUUUGAAUCAUAUGGCAUUAAGCUUUCUCUGCUGAAGGCCUUAAUCGAUAGGCUCCUCCAGGAUGGAAUGGAGGAACUACUGCAUGAAAUCAGCACCAAGAAAAGAACCAAGGAACAAAGGAUAAACCCGGACUCUAACAUCAUCACCGAAUACACCAACUCGGUGAAGUACGAACUCUCGAGUGACACCCAGACCGCCGAACUCCUGCCUGAAGAAUUGGAUCUAGAUGAACAGUACCAAGUUCAGGUUUUACUAAACCAAACAGAAGAUGGCAGAACUCUUUGGAAUGCCAGUACGUAUGGGACGGCAAAUCUGAGCAGAACAGAAAGCAGGGUUGAAUUAGAAGGAGAAGAAGCUGAGGCUCUGCUGGAACCCUUCACAGAGGAAUCAUCUAUUUACAUGACUCAGAUUAACAACGCUUCAGAGACAGUCGGUACAACCAAAUCAGAGGUAAGUAUGGAGGACGACCUACUCAGUCCGGAGAACACAGAAAAGAAGACUUCAGGUGAAAAGAAGAAGGGCAGAGAGAGAGGAAAGGGUAAAGGGCAUAAAGGACGCCAUAAACGACAAAGAAAGCGAUUGGAAGAGCAAGACCCUGAGGAAUUGGAAGUUGGAGAGGAGAUUCAUGAUGAUGAUGAGGAGGAUUAUGAUGAUGGUGGUGAUGAGGGUGAAGAUUAUGAAUAUGAGGAUGAGCUUGUUACAGAGAAGACAGUUCUCACCCAUGAGGAGGAGAAAGAGCAGAUGAUCUACACAAGCACAAAGCCUUUUCCCUCGAUAUCAGCAUUCACAGAGCAGCCAAGUGAAAGCACAGCGUCCCCCGAUAUCGAUACACAGGCUGCAGAAAAGGGGGUCGUGUCGAGGUCUGAUGCACAUGGAGCGAUGCCUAAAGUGAAGAGGAGCGCCCGUUCACCUGAUUAUGAGCCCUCAAAUAGCGCAAGGAGGAAAAAGAAACAAAAGAUAAAGAAGCCGAAAUAUAUGGAGCGAGAACCUGAAACUAAAAUAUACCCUGAAACAGAUCCUGAAGUUGAAGUGAAAGGAGAAAUGGAGAGACAGUUUGACAGAGAAAGAGAGAAGAGAGAGGAGUCAAAAAAGGAAGAGGAACGAGGGAUAUCGGCUGAGCCAGAAUUGCACUGGUCAGGAGAUUUAGACGAAGAAAGGAGCAUCGAGAGCGAGAAUGAAGACCGGGAAUGGGAUGAAGAGAGAGAGAGAGACAGGAUGGAGAUGGAGAGAGAGAGGAUGGAGCUUGAACAGGAGAGUGAGGAGGAGUCAGAGAGAGAGGAAGUCGCAGAACCAGAGGAAGAAAUGGAGAGAGAGGACAUAGCGGAAAGACAAAGGAUGGAGUGGGAGAUGAUGGAGAGAGAAAGGUUGGGAGAGAUGGAUAGAGAAGAAGACAUGAGGGCCCACAUCUCUCAGUAUGAAUUUCUGAAGGGACCUCCAGGUGAAAACGGGCUACCAGGACCCAAGGGUGAGAUUGGAGAAAAAGGACAGAAGGGCGAGCCUGGAAUCGGACACCGUGGUCCUGUUGGUCAGGCUGGUCCACCUGGGCAGAAGGGUGAGCCUGGAGAACCAGGACCCCCUGGAGCACAGGGAAUCCAGGGCAUCAGGGGUAACCCUGGGAUCCCAGGAACUCCAGGUCAAAGAGGUGAUCCAGGAGACCCUGGAGAGCCAGGUAAACCGGGAGACAGGGGUAGACGAGGAAAAAAUGGAUCGCCUGGCACUCCUGGUGCACCAGGAACAUCAGGAAAAGAAGGGAUUACAGGUCCACCAGGAGUGAAAGGUGACAAGGGCGAAAGCAUCCCGGGGGAGCCAGGAGAGAGGGGCGUGGCUGGACUUCCAGGCCGCAGGGGCCCCAAGGGUACUUUGGGUGUCAGAGGGCCAUUUGGACUUAUGGGUCCUAAAGGUCUCUCUGGUGUAAAAGGAGAAAAGGGGGACAAAGGUCUACCAGGCAACCGAGGAGAAAAAGGCAGUCCUCUGUCCAUGCCUGGGCCACGUGGAUAUAAAGGCAUUAAAGGAGAUGCGGGUGAACGAGGAUCUCCUGGAUUUGAUGGCGAUAAAGGGGAGAAAGGAGAGGAUGGACCACCAGGGUUGAAGGGUUUGAAGGGAGAAGCUGGACUCAAAGGCAGUAUGGGGCCUUUUGGAGCUCGAGGGCCUGUUGGACAAAAGGGAGAAGCAGGAGAACCAGGCACCAAUGGAGAAGCGGGUCGUAACGGAGCGAAUGGACUGCAGGGUAAAAAAGGGGACAAGGGAGACAUGGGGCUGCGAGGACAAAAGGGUGAAGAGGGAGAGAAAGGAGAGCUUGGAUUACAAGGAGACAAAGGAAACAAAGGAGAACAGGGUUUCCGAGGCAUGCCAGGCAGGAUGGGAAUCCCAGGAAUAGACGGGGAACCGGGCAGUAUAGGAGACCCUGGGGCACCAGGCAUUCCUGGACUAAAUGGACCCCCAGGACGAAAAGGAGAAAAAGGUGAUGGAGGAGUACAUGGACUUGAUGGUGAACCAGGGAAAAGAGGAGAGAAGGGACCUCAAGGUUUUCCAGGAUUCCCAGGUUUUAAAGGAUCUCCAGGUUCACCAGGUCCUCCCGGAACUUCAGGUCGACCAGGCCCAGUUGGACCUAAAGGGGAAGUUGGACCUAAGGGAGAAAGAGGAAGAAGAGGAAGAGAAAAGCCAUGCCAAAGAGGCCAACAAGGAAAUCCUGGACAGAGAGGCAUAAACGGUGACGUGGGACUUGAAGGACAGAAAGGGGAAAAAGGCGAUACAGGGCUUACAGCAGACGAGGUGAAAAACCUGGUGACGAAAGAAGUAGUGGGAAAGUGUGGCAAAGAUCAAGCGUACCUUCUUGUGAUGAACACCAAACAUCCAGGAGAAGAAAGUACUAGGAAGAAAGAGGAAGGAACGCAGGAAUCUUCUCUCGCUCAUCUGGAUGAGGCGAAUGAGGGACAAAACACUGCUUUAACAUUGGGAUCUUCUACGGCUUCACCCACUGUUUCACACACUGAGCCAAACUUAACUUAUGAGAAUGUCACAGGAGCUGAAAUCCGAGAGAGCGAGCCCAUUCAGAGAGAACGAAGAUACGCCAUCAAGGUGACGCCAAAAUUCUGUCUUGAGCCGAUGUCCGAGGGCCACUGCUCCGAGUACGUGCUGCUCUGGUAUUUCCACCCGAGCUCUGGAGCCUGCCGACCCUUCAUCUACAGCGGCUGUGGAGGAAACAGAAACCGAUUCAGCACAAAACAUGACUGUCAGAAUUACUGCAGCCCAGGGCAGAAAGAUCCUUUGUCCUGAUGACACCCCUUCGCUGAUAGGGAACGACUUCAACUCCAGUUUCUUUUCCAUUACAAAACAAUUACUCUUUUUGUACAUUUUGUUAGUUUUAUUACUUUUUUGUGUUAACAUUUUUUUAAGUGCAACAUUACUGUCCUUGCUGUAUAUGUUUUGAUGUUUAACCAUUUGGAAUUGUUUUGAAUGUAUUUAAAGUCUCAUCUGCGAACACUAUACGUCAUAUUUGCAUACUUAGAGCCCUACGUUGCCUGUGCACUGUGAUAUCAGUAUGCAAUUAUAGCCCUUGUCAUGUGAUCAUGGAAGUCCUAACCUUAAAUAUGUUUACCGCACCGUUUCAGUACGUUUCGUACACGAUUGGAAUUACACGCUCCCUUCGAUCAACACUUUGUGGUCAUUUUGCACUAACACUGCGCCGUUUAUUUAAAACCGAUUCGGCUCCUGCUCGUUCGUUUUCUAUUUCUGAGGAUAUUAAAAUGGAUUUAUAAAGGCACUAUUGGGAAA